AUGUGCAAACUGUGUCAAAUCUUGAAGAAGUUGUUUGCACGUAUUGAUAAGGAAGUGGUGGACUCUGAUGCCAAAUUAAGUGCUUUAAGAGAAAUGUCAAUUGACAAUGAGGAAAUUGACAAUGAUCAAAUUGACAUAGGUUUUACUUGUUCCCCUUGAUUGAGCCAUACUGGCCGAUUUUCGGCCCAUACCUGAUAGCCUUAGUUGCCCAGCCCCUACACAGUUUAUUGUUGAACACUAUACCUACACUGAACCAUAAUGUUUGAGGUCUUCUAGUAAUUUUAGGUUUCUCUUGCCAUUAUUAUAGAUCAACAGUCUAGAACAACUAAUAUAGAAAGCACUGGUUCAACAAAUCAGAAGGUCGCUGUCAUUCAUGUUGAUCCAAAGAAUGCUUAUAAACAAGGUAACAAUUUGUAUAUGAUAAGUUGGGUGUCCAUAUAUGAUGCAACAACCUGAAAGAAUAAUACAAUAUAUUGAAAAAAAUAACAUUUUCUUUGAAAAACAAUAUCGUUUUAGAAAAAAACGAUCAACAACACUUGCAAUAAUUGAAUUGACAGAAAAAAUUAAACAAGAAAUUGAUAAUAAUAAAAUAAAAAUCUGUCAAAAGCAUUCGAUACAGUUAACCAUCAAAUUUUACUUAAAAACUAGAACACUAUGGAAUAAGAGGAGUAGUAUAUAAAUGGUUUGAAAGCUAUUUAUCUGGUCGUAUGCAACACGUCAAAUACAAUGAUACAAUAUCGGAUGCAAAGCUGGUUUCCUGUGGUGUACCACAGGGAUCAGUAUUGGGUCCACUACUUUUCUUAAUAUACAUAAACGACAUCAAUUUUAGCAGUCAGCUUACAUCAUUUAUAAUAUUUGCAGAUGACACUAAUCUAUUCUACUCUGGUGAAAAUGUUGAGCAAUUAAAUAAAACAAUCAAUGCAGAAAUGCAGAAAAUAAGUCAAUGGUUAAUUGACAAUCAGCUUACGUUGAAUAUAAAAAAAACAAAUUAUAUAGUUUUUAAAUCGACAAAGAAAAAAAUAUUAAACCCAUUUAAAAUAUUUCUUAAUAAUUGUCAGUUAACUCAAGUUAAGGAAACAAAAUUUUUAGGAGUAAUCAUAGACGAACAUUUAAAUUGGAAUCAACACAUUAAUUACAUUGCAAAUAAAAUAUCAAAGUCAAUAGGAAUAAUUUGCAAAGCGUGUUAUUUCUUAAAUUCCAACAUACUAAGAACUUUAUAUAAUACAUUAAUUUAUCCAUACCUAUAUUAUGAAAAUAUUGUAUGGGCAAAUAAUUAUCCAACAAGAUUAGAUAAAGUAUGUAAACUCCAAAAAAAAGUAAUUAGAAUAAUCACACAUUCUUCGUAUGAUGCAAACUCUGUCCCAUUGUUUAAAAAAAUUGAAAUUGCUAAACCUUCAUCAGAUCAACGAUUUAUGCAUUGGACAAUUUAUGUUUGAAUUUUAUAAUAAUUCCUUGCCUGAAUAUUUUAAAAAUUUCUUUACUCUUAACAAAAACGUACACAAUUACAGAACGAGAAACUCACAUUAUAUACAUAAGGAAAGAUACCGAACUAAUUAUGGAAAAUUCACGAUUAAGAUUAAAGGAAGUAGUUUAUGGAACAAAAUUCCAUCUGAUAUAAAAGAAGCGAGAACAAAAAUUAAGUUUAAAAAAGAUAUGAAAGAUUAUCUAUUGUCAUAGAUGUGCAUGCAAUGUGUAUACAUGAUUGCAUAUGCAUUCAUACAUAUCUAUAUAUAAGUGAAAUAUUUAUGUAAAUAUAUAUAUAUAUUGCUAGUUAAAUAAUUAAAUCAAAAUUACUAUAUGAAUAUAAUCUUAUCAAUGAUACCAAAUCAACUGUAUUUUAGCUAAUUUUAUUGUAGGAGGACUGACUUGUAAAAGCCCACAAGGGUUUAUCUGGUCCUUCCAUGCAGUAUCAAUUAAUUUGAUGUAAAUGUGUUAUGAGAAAUGAAUAAAGUAUACUGACUUUGAAAAAAAAAAAAAGAAAGUGUAAAAAAUAACGUUUUGAGCAAAGUUAGCAUGGCUGGAUGUUAUCCGGAUGAAAGGCGUGCACUUGAAACAUCGAAGUUUUAUAUUGUUUAAACAUCUUUUUUUAUUUUUCAGGUGGUUGCAUCAUAUACAGUACACAACUUUGCAGGGUGUAUUAUUUGCAACCUAUACUUGGCACCCUAUAUUAAAGAUUUCUGAAGUCAUUAUUCUAUGGACAAUUAUUUGACAAAACAAUAAUUAAGUUAUAACAGGUUGUGUCUAUUAAAUUCACUCCAGACAGCAGCCAAAUAAUCAAAUGAGUCAGACAUUAACAAGGAUAUAAAUUAGCUUUCUUGUCGGUCAUACAAGUUAUUUUUAUCAUAUUAAAAUUUGGACAAAACAGUGGUUUUACUGGGGAGCAACGUAAAGGAUCUUGUGCGCAUUGCCAAGCACAAACGUCGACAAACAGAGAUCAAGCAACAAUUUACGACAGUGCGGAAUAUUGCAAAAUUAAAAUCACUGCUAUUGUCAAUGCAAAUUUAAUUACAGAGGAACUUAGAAAUUAUCAAGAUUUGGGAAGGCAAAUGACGUUUUUUUGGCCAAAUAAGACCAGUUCAAGUUCCAACCUCUGACAACAGAUCUCAACCAAACAACAACUUCUUAUGCUUGGGCGGUUUACCGUUUUUUUCGGCUUAGAUUUUACAAAAACCGGAAAACUGUCAUUACAAAAUUGUUUACUGUCAACGCCCGAAACUCGAUCCUAAUUCUCAAAACAUGACACUAAUUAAACACAAUUACAUGACAUUAGAUACAAAUUAUAUUCUUUUUUCCGUAAAGUCGGUAAGAACUAAAGAGGUAUAAGUUUUCAAAUGCGUUCUUGACCCUUUUAUUUUAAAACCGAAGUCGUUUUAGGUUACCUUUACACAAUUUGCGUUUUGUCAUGUUCUGUUCGUUUGCUUAUGUCAAAAAAAUACCACAAUUCCUCCUCAUUCAUUUGAAAUACAAAUUAUAGGGGAAAAAACGGUUUUCCGGUUUUACCGGUUUAGAAUCAGACGGUUUUUCGGUUUUGAUUUUAAGCAAAACCGCCCAAGCCUACAACUUCUCAACCACAAAUUCCUCCUGCUGAAGACUUAAAGAGUGAAGACCGCAUAAUCAACUAGGCACUUCAGGUCAUGCAAAUGGGAAUAUUCUUUAUGCAACUUGAUGACACAGAACAUGAAGGAGACAGAGAAAGAAUGAUGAGAAAUUGGAAAUUGCUCAUGCACUAUGCAAGAUGCUCGGGAAGAUAAAAAAGAUAUGCUGUCAAAGCAAUGCAACUGAUCACAUACUGCAGAGCACUAUAUAUGGAGAAAAUGGCACAUAGUCAUUCAUGCAGGGGCGGAUUCAGACAGGUAAUAAACCUGUCAGAUUUUUCAAAGAAAGAAGAUCUAUAACUUUCCCCAUGUAUAUAACUAAUUUAAUAUUCUGUUUCAUAAAAUUGAUAUUGUCUAAUCUAUUAUGCCACUUAAACACUGUUAUUGAAAUUUGAUUAUGAAUUACUGAGCAUAUUUAAGACCCACUUACAUAAUAAGCAUUUAAUUAAUUAAGGACUUAGGCCACAUAAAAAAACAUAGUUGGUUAGCGUCCUUAGCUUUUGCCAAAAACUGGGCGGGCAGGCGCUUUUUUUUUAAAUUUUUACUAAUUUUUAACGUCUUGGUUUUACUCACUGUUAGGUCCGAAACUGGAUUGUCUUGCGCAGUACAGAUAUUUUUUUAUAUAUUUCAAAAUAUGAUUCAUACCGUCAUUUUCGCACGCAAUUUCUUAACACAAUUGACUACAGUCAACAGAAAUACUACAUAUAUUAGAGCCUCUUGAUCAAUAAAAGUGUUUUUUUUAAAUAAAAAAAGUCCUGAGCGGGUCCUUUUUUGUGGGCGGGCGGGGACGCUAACCAACUAUUUUUUUUAAUGUGGCCUUAUCGUGUCUGUUUCCUCUUACGAAAUGUUGUAAUACUAGAUUAAUAAUCUGCUAGCAUAUUGUCGUGGGUCAUGGACUGGUAAACAUCAGAUCAAUUACACAUAAUUGCCCGCAAAAGUAAACCUGUGGUCAGAGUUCUCUCAAUGAGAGUAAACCGGUCGAUACGCCAUUCGAUUGCCUAAACGGCUGCGCUCUGCCAGAUGUAAACCAGACAUAAACCUGUGAGUCGAGCAGUAUUUAGAGAAAACUGGGCAUGACAGUUAACAGAACUUGAGGACAUGCAAAAUAUGUUUAUAAUAUUGUGUGACUGAAUCAUUGCAUUGGUGACAAAAGCAUUUACAUGGAUUUGUUGUUCAUUUUGAAGGUUUGUUUAAAAGUCUAAAGUUAUAACUGUAAGCUAUUUUUUAUUAUUAUUAUUAGAAAGUUAUUUAACUCAAUUCCAUCCACCAAUAUUGAUUUCCGACGUAUAUGACUGGAAGAUUAAAUAUUAAAGAGCUCCGCGAGUAUUUACAGUGGAAAUAUGAAAAUACCACCAAAAAAUUCCGCUUGAUCAAUACUAUAUAUUCCGAAAUAUUCGAAUAAUUUUGUUUCUCGCUCAAUUUCAAACAAAUUUCUUACCUUGAAAUGAUCAAUGCCCUGAUUCCACCUGAUUCAAAUGCUUGUAUCUUUGCUUUUUUCAACGUAUAAUAAAGACAAAUAUAUUAAAAGAGUCACCAUCUUUCAUUCUAUAUCUCGGAGCAGUCUCGGGAAAUUGCAAAAUAAUCUAUGCUAUUAUGGCGAUUCUCGUGCUCGGAAAGUGUUCGGCCAACUUCGGACGCCAAAUUCUUGGUAAAGCAUUACAGUUUCCUGGUAAAAGACUGCAGAAAUCACUUCCGGAGUGUUUUUUUUACCCCAGAUACGGAUUUUGAUUGGCUUAGGCAGAAAAACAAACCUUUUAGAGCAAUUUUCCUGAUUGUCUUGGAGUAGUCCUGGUGGACCUUGAUUGCCUAUUUAGUAUAUGCAGGUUUGGUAAAGGUCGACAGUGAGAUUGAAAACUAUUGGAGUGUAAAAACCUUAUAUCAUGGUCUGUGGGCAAUAGAAAUAAUUUCCCGGUUUAGGUACAAAGCGCUUAUGGCGUUUCUGAAUAUGGUAGAUCCUGCACUCUAAAAACACUCUGGUUGAAAAUUCCUGGUUAACAAGAAAAUAACACGAUUUGGGUUAAAACGGUGUUCCGGGUUAACUUUCCUGGUUUGUUUUUCAUUCCGUAGUUACUAAAACAUGGAAUGAGCCACAAUGAGCCACAACGACCCUGCAAUGAUCCACAACGACCCCACUACGACCCAACAACAACCCACAAUGAUCCCAAAAUUACCUUCAGUUGCAAUUUUGCAUGACAAUAAACAAUAUAAGUUAUUGUUUGUGGAUACACCACAUAUUUUAUUAUUACAUGUGAUCAAAAUUGGUGGGAAAUGCAAGGCUUCCACUUGUUUCCCUCACAGCCUGUUUGCAGGCAUUCCCACUCACAGGCUGCUAGCUUUCGAACAACAUUCCUUUCUGCCUGCUUAGCCAAUGACAAUCAAGGUUCCAUAUUUCAGAACUUUUUGCCGCCAUAUUACAGAGCCAAUCACAAUCAAUGUUUCAGACGUAUAAUUUCUGAGCCACUGAACAAUAUGGCUUCUCUGGAAAAAACAUUGGAUAUUGCUGCUCACAUGUUCAACAUCAUUCGCUGCCUUAAUCCGCAUCAGAAAACAGCGAUUCGAACAGUAAUUAUUGAAAAGAAAGACGUGUUUGUAAAUUUGCCCACUGGCUUUGGAAAAUCGCUCAUGUACCAGGCACUUCCGUUUGUAAUAGACGAGGUGUCCAGAUGGCCAGGUCAUAUUGUGGUAGUUGUCUCCCCGUUGUUAAGUCUCAUGGAUGAUCAAGUAGCACACCUUACAAGUCUGGGAGUAAGCGCGGUUAAUAUAAGCUCGCGCAUGGAAGAAGAUUGCGAUGGUGUCGAAGCUGGUGAAUAUUCUAUCGUUUAUGGCAUGCCAGAAGCAUGGAUACUGAACCCUCGAUGGAGAAAUAUGCUUAAUAGUAAAGUUUAUUCGACAAGAUUAUGUGCUCUAGCAGUCGAUGAGGCCCAUGUUAUGAGACAGAGUG